AGCGUCUUGAAGGCAACACAGCUGCCACCACCCCUUCCCUGCGCAUGCGCACCACCCAUCGCCUAAGAAGCGGACAUGGCGACGUCCCUGAUCUGCGGACGUUUGACGGCUCGCCUGAGGACUUCAGGCCGCAGAAGCGCGAUUAGCUCCGCUUCCAAGGUUCUAGCGGGAUCCUGGGGCCUGACUGGAGGCCAUGUGUGCCAGCUGCAGCAGCAGAGGAGCCUCUCCUUGCACGAGUACAUGAGCAUCGGCCUGCUGAAGGAGGCCGGCAUCGCCGUGCCCGAGGGCAUGGUGGCCGCCUCCCCGGACCAGGCCUACUCCGUGGCCAAGCAGAUCGGUUCCAAGGACCUGGUGGUUAAAGCUCAGGUCCUGGCGGGCGGCAGAGGCAAGGGCACCUUCGAAGGCGGACUUAAGGGAGGAGUCAAGAUCGUCUACUCGCCGGAGGAGGCGCGAGACAUUUCCUCCCAGAUGAUCGGCCGCAAGCUGUACACCAAGCAGACGGGGGAGGCGGGCCGCAUCUGCAACCAGGUGUUCAUCUGUGAGCGCAGGUAUCCUCGCAGGGAGUACUACUUCGCCAUCACCAUGGAGAGGUCAUUCCAGGGCCCCGUGUUGAUCGGCAGCUCGCAGGGGGGUGUCAACAUCGAAGAUGUGGCGGCAGAAAACCCAGACGCCAUCGUGAAGGAGCCCAUCGACAUUGUGGAAGGCAUCAAGAUGGAGCAGGCGCUCAAGGUGGCACAGAAGAUGGGGUUCCCUGCGGCGCUGCAGAAGGAGGCGGCAGAGAACAUGGUCAAACUCUACCAAGUCUUCAUCAAGUACGACGCCUCCAUGUUGGAGAUCAACCCCAUGGUGGAGGACUCCUCUGGUCUUGUCAUGUGCAUGGACGCCAAGAUCAACUUUGACUCCAACGCAGCCUACCGCCAGAAGAAGGUCUUUGACCUGCAGGACUGGACUCAGGAGGACCCUCGAGACCGGCAGGCGGCCUUGGCCGACCUGAACUACAUCGGACUGGACGGAACCAUCGGUUGUCUGGUCAAUGGUGCGGGUCUGGCCAUGGCCACCAUGGACAUCAUCAAGCUGCACGGCGGCACACCUGCCAACUUCCUGGAUGUAGGAGGCGGAGCUACAGCCCAUCAGGUGACGGAGGCCUUCAAGCUGAUCACCUCAGACAAGAAGGUCCAGGCCAUCCUGGUCAACAUCUUUGGAGGCAUCAUGAGGUGUGACGUCAUCGCCCAGGGCAUCAUCAUGGCCGUGCGAGACCUGGACCUCAAGAUCCCCAUCGUCGUGCGUCUGCAAGGAACACGAGUGGACGACGCCAAAGCUCUCAUUGCUGCCAGUCCCUUGAAAAUACUUGCCUGCGACGACCUGGAUGAAGCCGCCAGAAUGGUCGUCAGACUUUCAGAAAUCGUCUCACUGGCUAAAGAGGCUCAAGUGGACAUCACCUUCCAACUUCCUAUUUGAGCUUCCUUGCCUCUAACACUCCCCCAGAAGCUAGCCCCUCCUCCUUGUGUGUGUGUGUGUGUGUGUGUGUGUGUGUGUGUGUGUGUGUGUGUGUGUGUGUGUGUGUGUGUGUGUGGCCAGCAUGGUGUGACCCUUACAUCAUAGUUCUUCUUUGAUUGGGGGUGGGGAUUUCUCUUAGUUGAUGCAAGGCCCUUCCCACACUCCAUCCCGGCCACGCCCCCUUUCUCCCUGUGACGUGACACAUUGCGACCUGAUGAUGUAAAUAAACAAAGUCAAUAUUUAUGUCAUUGUCAGAACAAUAAAGAGAGGACUUAAAACUGA